CAAGAAGUCCGCUUGAGUGGCGAGACGGAGGGUGGGUCAGGGUAGAACCCCCUGCUCGAAAUGGCCCUUGCCUCGAUAAUAUGGGCGAUGGACGGCCGGAUGCCAAAGAAAGCUCUGAAAUGACGAUCAAGCUCGAAUGCAAGAUAUGUAUGAGCCAGCUGGUCGAUACGGUGAUUAUCCCUUGUGGACAUGCGGUCCUCUGUCAAUGGUGUGCGGACCUGCACAUCCCAGCGACGAAAAGUGACCCCACGAGACCGGUUAAGAAGGUCAACUGUCCGAUAUGUCGCGCAGUGGUUAUGGGAAAGUACCGGAUCUUUCUCACGUAAUGCUUGGUGAUGGG